CUACAGGAUUUAGGACUAGGAUGCUCUUCAGUCGUUCUAUGGUGGGCAUUAUUUGUUUGCAUAAUAAUUCCUUGGACUGAAGGCUCGCUUCAGUUUUAGUGGGCCGGCCCUGAUGUCAGCCGGCUGGUUGGCUGCUGGACCAGCGGACAGUGCAGCAGCAGGACACACACACACACACACACACACACACACACACACACACACACACACACACACACACACACACACACCAUGUCUGCACGCUUCACUAUUAAUACUGCAGCCUCGCACUGCUCUCUCUCUGCAUGAACUGGACGCUGGAGGACAAAGGCGGAUUAAACGCCCAAAUUUAACAUACCCCCCUCCUCGUCCUUUUCCUCUGGGAUGGAUUGAUGAAGAGCGAUAAAGCACGCGCCAGAGAAGGAAAGUGGGGGGACUGCAGCACAAGCAGGGUCUGGAUGAAUAACCAUGGCAACAGCAGCAGCAGCAGCAGCAGUGGCGGCGACAGUACAAGCGGACAUAUAAACAUUGCACAGGAGCGCAUCCAUCUGCAUCUACUCACUCGAUCAUCUCACUUCCUGGAUCACUGCUAAGGGAGGUGAUGAGUCGGACCACAUCAUGUCUGAAGUACAGGGCACACUGGAGUUUUCCGUAGAGUUGCACAAGUUUCACAAUGUGGAUCUUUUCCAAAGAGGGUUCUACCAGGUCCGAUCAGGAUUAAAGGUCUCCCCCCGGGUGCCCCACAGGGUGAUAGUGACCACUCAAGAUAAUGCAGGAGGCGAAUGCAGCUUCAGCUCCCCGGGCGUUUACGACGGCACGGCGUUCAGCCGGAUAUUUCAGAUCCUUUACAGAAAUGAGGACAUCACGGUGAACGACUGCGUGAUCUUCAAAGUGCACCUGCUAUUGGACGGAGACAGGGUAGAGGAGGCCCUCAGCGAGGUGGACUUUCAGUUGAAGCUGGAUCUUCACUUCACUGACAACGAGCAACAGCUGGCAGACAUGGUGGCCGUCCCGUUGAUCAGCAGUCGCACCCUCAACCUCCACUUCCACCCGCAGCGAGGCCUGCACCAUCAUGUUCCUGUCAUGUUUGACUACUUCCACCUGUCCGUCGUUUCCGUUUCCAUCCACGCCUCACUGGUUGCCUUACAUCAGCCGCUAAUCAGCUUUGCUCGCACAGGAAAGGGGUCCUGGCUGGGAAAAGGUUCUGCAGAGAGCACCAAUGAUCCAUCUGCAGUCUCAGUGGAGAACCUUGUGUUUGGAGCAGGCUACUGUAAGCCCAUCAUCUCGGAGGGGAGUUUUUAUGUGCCCAGCGAGGACUGCCUGCAGAGAGCUCACGUGUGGCAUCGAAGGCUCUGUCGCCUCCUGCUGGCCGCCCAUGGUGCUGUGAGAAGAUACUACACUGCGCUGAUGAAGGAGGUCCCUCAGCUGGAGCACAUGUCAGACGACACAGAAGUCCUGCCUAUUGAAGAAACACUCAAUCAACUCACAAUCGAGUUACAGCUGCAGGACAGCCCAGAGAAGGUGGCGGAGCAGAUCAGCAGAGAUGUUGCUCACCUGUGCUCACAGUUGGCCCUUUUAUGGAGUUUCUUCCUGGAGAAAGUUGUGUUCAAUCCUCACAUCCUCUCUUAUUUGGCCCAGGAACAUCACACACUCAGGGUGAGGAGAUUUUCUGAGGCGUAUUUCUUCACCGCACAUCCCAAAGAAACAUCUCUAACGUUCCAAGAGGAGCUCAUCAGCAGACAAGGUGAAGUAGCAGCAGAAGUGCGAGGCUCCGACUACCUGGCCAAGUUGCCUCCUCUGCCUGUGGAGUGUUUGGACAUCGAUGGCGACUGCAGCAGCCUGCCCAUCAUCUUUGAGGACCGAUACGUGGACUCUACUCAAGCAGCAGAAGUAGUUAUGCCGACGUGCGAGGACCAGACUCUGUGGGAUCCUGCAGCCAAGAGGAGAGAGGCGUGUCCUGAAGACGACUGCAUGGACCUGACCACUUACGUGUCGCUCAUCGCCCAGCAGAGCGCAGUGUCAGUCACAGACCACCAGGACUCAGAGGACAGCUGUGGUCCUCAGGCUCUCAGACAUUCUUGCAGAAGUGGAGGAAAGAAGAUGAUGGCUGACCUCGAGGUGAGCAUCAGCCAAAGGAGCGAGGACGAGGAGUCUUUGGUGUUAAACCGCGACAUUGAGGCAGGAAGUGUUCCUCUGGUCUGUCACCUUUCAGUCCUGUCGUCCUCCCCUGGUGCUCUCAGGAAGGACCGAGGAGGUUCUGUCCUCUCCAAGAUAAUCAAGCGCUCCUCCUCGCUCAUAUCGGACUCGGGCAUCGAGAGCGAGCCCAGCUCGGUGGCCCUGCCAGCUCGUGAGCGGGAGAUCCCCAGACACAAAGUCCUUCGGCGGCCGGUCCGCCGCAGCUCCUUGGAAGGCCUGCAGCUGGACGGCAACAUCCAAGCGUCUUUGACGUCCAUCAGCUCGCUGCCUUACGAGGACGAGCAGGGUCAAGGCGCCAAGCUGACCAAGUCCAUGUCGGCCCCGCAGAUCAGCAGCCCGGACGACGAGGACCACGUGCUCCUAGGCCAGGAUGUCCAAGUUCUACAACAACCGGAAGACUUUUCUUUGCACUCGGACAAAUCUCCGUCAUCCAGUUCAAUGACAAACUGGGGCAGUCGUCAAGGCAACAAAGACAGUCAGGGGUCCACGGAGGACCUCCGUCUUCCCCCUGACGACGACCUCGGCGUCUCGGUGGAGCAGAUCCGUCUCAGUGCCGGGAAGGAAAAUGUCCUUCAGAGAACACAACAAGGCCGCAGCAACAACUCCGGCCUGGCCUUCGUCAACAAGAAGAUGGUGGAGGUGGUCAACAUGUCCUGCGCCCCAACAUGUCUGCCCUUCUCCUCCGUCCUCAGAGACUCGCCCUCCAUCAGCGGCCUGUCCACUCGCCACACCGCCUCGCCCAUUACCCAUCAGCCACUGGGCUCCUUUGGCAUCGUCUCAACCUUCGCGAGCCACCUGGGAAUGGACGACGGAAGCAACGAACGCAUGAUCAGUUUCUCCAAGGCCAAAGAGGCUCAGUUUGAAGGCAUGAAGGACUUUGCAGGCACUUUCUACUGCGACCUUCCUGUGCUGGCCUCACAGCUUCCUUACUUCCCUCCUGAGGAGGAAGACGAGGAGUUUGAUGAUGGAAUUCACUUGGUGGUUUGUGUGCACGGCCUGGAUGGAAACAGUGCAGACCUUCGCCUGGUCAAGACCUUUAUCGAGUUAGGUCUGCCAGGAUCCAGGCUGGACUUCCUCAUGUCGGAAAGAAACCAGGUCGACACCUUUGCUGACUUUGACGCCAUGACGGACAGAUUGUUGGACGAGAUCAUCCAACACAUCCAGUUGUACAACCUCACCAUAGGGAGGAUCAGCUUCAUCGGUCACUCUCUGGGGAACAUCAUCAUCCGCUCAGUGCUGACCAGACCUCGCUUUAGAUGUUACCUGUCCAGACUGCACACCUUCCUCUCGCUGUCUGGGCCUCACCUGGGAACACUUUACAACAACAGCACCUUAGUCAGCACAGGUCUGUGGUUGAUGCAGAAGCUGAAGAAGUCAGGAUCUUUGCUCCAACUGACCUUCAGAGACCAGGUGGAUCCUCGUCACACCUUCCUUUAUCUCCUCAGUCAGAAACCAGGUCUGCAGUUCUUCAAGAACGUGGUCCUGGUGGCGUCCCCGCAGGAUCGUUAUGUUCCUUUCCACUCUGCCAGGAUAGAAAUGUGCAGAAGUGCACUGAGAGACAAAACCACAGGUCCCGUCUACACGGAGAUGAUCAACAACCUCCUGCAGCCUCUCCUGGAGGUCAAAGGUUGUCGUCUGAUUCGUCACAACGUCUUUCACGCGCUGCCAAACACGGCAAACACUUUGAUCGGCCGUGCAGCUCACAUCGCUGUUCUAGACUCGGAACUCUUCCUGGAGAAGUUCUUCCUGGUGGCAGGACUGGACUACUUUAAAUAAUCUUCAUACAAUAUACUGUAUGUACAUUAUAACAAUAUACUGUAUGUAUGUGACAUUUGUCAAGUCAUAAUACAACAUUAUGGUACAAUAUACUGUAUGUACAAUACAUUGUUAGGUUGGAGGGUUUUUUAGGAAUCAAAACAAUAUAAAAACAAGUUUGCAAAGAAAUAAAUGCCAUAAUUAGGUUCUCAACGUUGUUUUUAACAUUAGUACAUAUUCUGUUUGAAUAUAAUAUUUAAUUAUUCCUUUGAAAGAAGCAGUGACUUGUAGCCAAACAAAACAAUAUAUCAGAUAUUUCUUGCAACAUAAUAGUGCAGUGUUUCCCACACAUUCAUUUAUUUGUGGCGGCCCGCCACGAAAGAAUUACGUCCGCCACAAAUGGAUUUUUCGGCUUUUGACUCGCUCGACCGCUCAUAAAAGCAAUAAGAUUCUGUCUGUGAAUGUACCUUGUAGUUACAACUCCGGUGCAGUACAUACAUACAUAUAUAUAUAUAUAUAUAGAUAUAUACAUAUACACAUACAUAUAUACUUACAUAUACAUAUAUAUACAUACAUAUAUACUGUACAUACGUAUACAUACAUAUAUAUAUAUACAUACAUACUUACACAUAUAUACAUACAUACACAUAUAUAUAUACACAUAUACAUACAUAUAUAUAUACACACAUAUAUACAUACAUACACAUGUAUAUAUAUAUACACACAUAUAUACAUACAUACAAAUAUAUGCAUAUAAACAUACAUACACACACACAUAUAUAUAUAUAU